ACCAGAUGAUGAGAUAAUCAUGAUCCAUCCUCAAUUAGCUAAUGCUUGCACACCAAACUGGAGAGAGAGAUUGACAGAGAAAAAGAGAGAGAGAAAGGGGGGACACUAACAAUUUCUUUCAGAAAAACAAAAUGGGUUAUAUCAGCAAAUUUGCAAGAAGAUGAUGGUCACUGUGUAAUAUUGUUUGUUCCACUCUUGAUGCUUCUUUUGGGUGUUCAGAGGUCAGUGAGGCAGAAACAUCCUGUUAUAGAAAAAGAACAAAUUUUCCCAUCUCAUUCACAAUUCUAUCAGUGGGUUUGAUUUGGAGUGAUUAUUACCCCAUGCUCCUCUUCCUCUUGUUAUCUCUUCAGCUUCAACCUUCACGGAUAUCCACAAAAAAACAAACUUUUGGGCUGGACCACUCAUUUUGAAGCUCCUUCUUUGAGAUAUACCAGCUGGGUUUUGUGCAACUUUUCUCUUUUGCCUGGUGGAAAUAGCAUAAAGCACCAAACUUUCUGCGCCCAGAGGGGUGGAUUGCUAAGAGAAAUUUUGGGGUUUGCUUCAAUUUUGCUUUGCAGUUGAAGAUUCAUGGUGGGGUGCUUGGUGGUUAAGUUUUUUGAAUGUUCUGCUCAAGCUGGGACUUGCCUAGAAUCUUCAGGAUUGUUACUUUGGUGAAUUUGGCAAGGAUGUCUGUGAAUCGAAGGCUUUCUGCUUCAAAUGGUAGAUUGCCACCGAAUAUGAAGUCUUGGAAGGUGAAUGAGCCUCUGCAUGGGACUAAUUAUCUCAAGACAUGUAGGAGGAAGCUCUUGCUUCUUUGGUUUUUUGGCUUUGUGGCUGUAGGGACUGUUUGGUUCAUCUUGAGUUUCAAUAGUAAGUAUUUGGUGAGCAAGGAGAAUGAAGCAAUAUGUGAAGAGAGAGCACGAGUGUUGCUACAACGUUACAAUGUUAGUAGGAAAGAGAUUCAUGCUUUGGCUUCCUUGUUCUAUGGAUCAGAUCAGAUUUUAUCCAACUGUAUUGAUGAAAGAAGACUUAAAAUGCUGUUAAGCAGCGGCAUGAUCAGCACUCCACAGUUAACGUGUCCGGGGAAUCAGGAGUCACAAAAGGAGUAUAUAUGUGUUGCAGAGACUGUAGAAACUAUAGAACAAUGUCCAAUUCUUGAUGAUUAUGACCAGACAAGGCUUGAAUUAUCAUUCCCAUCGAAAAAUCAUGUAUCAUUGGCCUCGCACUCCGCACUUUCAACUGAUUUGGUUAGUUAUUUGCUCCGUGGAAAGAACAUUGUGCAAUCAUGGGAACUGAGGGCCUCUGCAAUUUGGGAUCAUCUGAGUUCAUCUAAUUUUGUUAGAGGAUGCUGGGUUCUCAUAGGAAUUAUAAUGUCCUGCUUCUGUUUGCUAUGGAGGAGUCAAAAGCAGAAGCUAGUUCAGGGGCAUCCAGCUGCUCAGAAAAAGCAGAUGCAAGGUUUAGCACGGGGUCCUUCAAAGAGUGCCGGGAGGUGGAGGAAAAAGUUACUAGUUAUAUUUGUGUCACUUGGAAUAAUUGGGUCCUUCUGGUUAUUUUGGCACCUAAAUAUGGACAUUAUGCAGAGAAGAGAAGAAAUGCUAGCCAAUAUGUGUGAUGAGCGAGCCCGUAUGCUGCAAGAUCAGUUUAAUGUAAGCAUGAACCAUGUUCAUGCUCUGGCUAUCCUUGUAUCUACCUUUCACCACGGUAAACAUCCUUCUGCAAUUGACCAGAAAAUUUUUGGAGAAUAUACAGAGAGUACAGCAUUUGAAAGACCACUUACUAGUGGUGUAGCUUAUGCUUUGAAAGUUCUCCACUCUGAUAGGAUGCAUUUUGAGGAGCAGCAUGGGUGGACAAUUAAGAAAAUGGAAACUGAGAAUGAGGCAUUAGUACAAGAUUGUAUUCCAGAAAAUUUGGAUCCAGCACCCAUUCAAGAUGAAUAUGCCCCAGUGAUAUUUGCUCAAGAAACAGUUUCCCAUAUUGUAUCUAUUGACAUGAUGUCAGGGAAGGAGGAUCGUGAGAAUAUUUUGCGAGCAAGGGCAUCUGGAAAGGGGGUUCUGACAUCCCCUUUUAAACUACUAAAGUCCAAUCACCUGGGUGUUGUACUUACAUUUGCUGUCUAUGACACUAAUCUUCCUUUAGAUGCUACACCAGAGCAGCGUAUUGAAGCUACUGUGGGGUAUCUGGGUGCAUCUUAUGAUGUUCCAUCACUGGUGGACAAGCUUCUGCACCAACUUGCCAGCAAGCAAACCAUUGUUGUCAAUGUUUAUGACACAACUAAUGCAUCUGCACCUAUCACAAUGUAUGGUACUGAUGUUACUGACACUGGCCUAUUACACAUAAGCAGCCUGGAUUUUGGGGAUCCGCUAAGAAAACAUGAGAUGCACUGCAGGUUCAAGCAGAGGCCUCCAUUACCUUGGACAGCAAUCAAUGCAUCAGUGGGGGUGCUUGUUAUUACUUUGCUUUUGGGUCAUAUUUUUUAUGCAGCGAUAAAUAGAAUAGCAAAAGUUGAGGAUGAUUAUCGUCAAAUGAGUGAGCUGAAAGGUCGUGCUGAAGCUGCAGAUGUGGCAAAAUCUCAGUUUCUUGCGACAGUUUCACAUGAGAUCAGAACUCCAAUGAAUGGUGUUUUAGGUAUGUUGCAAAUGUUGAUGCACACUGAGCUCGAUGAGAACCAGAUGGAUUGUGCCCAAACUGCCCAUAAUAGUGGUAAAGAUCUUAUAUCAGUCAUAAAUGAGGUUCUUGAUCAGGCUAAGAUUGAGGCAGGAAAGCUUGAACUUGAAGCUGUCACAUUUGAUCCACGUGCUAUUCUAGACGAAGUUUUAUCACGUUUCUCUGAAAAAUCUAAGGAAAAAGAAAUAGAGCUGGCUGUUUAUGCAUCUAAUCAAGUACCCGAAGUAGUUAUUGGUGAUCCUAAACGGUUUCGACAAAUAAUUACUAAUCUUGUUGGAAAUUCACUUAAGUUUACUCAUGAUAAAGGACAUGUGUUUGUCUCGGUUCAUCUGGCGAAUGAAGUGAAGAACCCACUUCAUAUUAUGAAUGCAGUGCUGAGAGAAGGCUUAAAUUUGAAUCAGGACAUAUCAAACAGAACAUCUGAUACAUUAAGUGGGUUCCCUGUAUGCAACAAAUGGAAAAGUUGGGCACAUUUUAAGAAGUUAAGUAGCACAAACGAACCUGAAAUUAUUCAACUACUGGUGAUUGUUGAGGACACAGGUAUAGGAAUUCCUACAGAUGCACAAAGCUGUAUAUUCGCACCUUUUAUGCAGGCUGAUAGUUCCACCUCCCGAACAUAUGGUGGAACUGGAAUAGGAUUGAGCGUUAGUAAAUGUCUAGUUGACCUCAUGGGAGGAGAAAUUGGAUUUGUAAGUGAGCCUGGAAUUGGAAGUACUUUUUCCUUUACUGGAACUUUCAGAAAAGGAGGAAGAACAUCUCUGGAUGCAAUGUGGCAGAAUAAUCUUUCUGGUUCAGAGUUUCUAGGAUUGAGGGCACUAGUUGUAGAUAGAAGAAAAAUCCGAGCUGAAGUCACAAGAUAUCAUCUGCAGAGAUUGGGAAUGUCCGUGGAUGUAACUUACAGUCUGAAUUCUGCAUGCUCUUGUCUAUCUAAUACUUGCAACAUGAGUAUACCGACCCAGUUGGCUAUGAUUCUUAUAGACAAGGAUGCUUGGAGUUGGGAUAAAGAAGGUAGUUUCUUGUACGCAAUCAAGAAACAUAGAAAGAAUGGCAUCAAAGGAGAUCCAAUAAACUUACCGAAGAUUUUUCUCCUGGCCACCCAUCUUAGUGCCAAUGAACAUGAUGAACUCAACUCAUUUGGUAUCAUAGAUGAUAUACUAAUGAAGCCUCUUUGGCUUAGUUCUUUAAUUCGCUCUUACAGAGAAUCCCUUGGCAUUGUGAAAAAGCAAGUAAAUAGGAAAAAUGUAAUGAAACUCGGGAAUUUAUUGAUGCACAAACAAAUUUUGUUGGUUGAUGAUAAUGCAGUGAACAGAAAAGUUGCAGAAGGUGUUCUACAGAGAUAUGGGACAAUAGUUACCACUGUGGAGAGUGGCAAGGCUGCUCUAAAGUUUCUUAAACCGCCACAUAAUUUUGAUGCUUGUUUCAUGGAUCUCCAAAUGCCAGAAAUGGAUGGUUUUGAAGCGACAAGGCAAAUCCGCAACCUGGAGAGCGAGGCAAAUGAGAAAAUUGCGUGUGGACAAGCAUCUGCUGAGAUGUUUGGUAAUAUCUCCUAUUGGCACAUUCCAGUACUAGCAAUGACAGCAGAUGCAACUCAGGGUUCAAAUGAGGAGUGCAGAAAGUGUGGAAUGGAUGACUACGUGUCUAAGCCGUUUGAUGAAGAGCAACUCUAUAUGGCAAUGGAACGUGUAUUCAAUUCAGAUUCAUAGUGUGAAAGUACGAUGUUUAAAAUCUUUGAUUAUUAGUGUCAGGCACCCUGCUGACAAGUGUUGACUGACUUCAAGUGUGGUGUGUAGUAUGAAAUCAAUCAACCAUGUAUUCCAUGUGUUGGUUUUCCAUUAAAAGAGCUAGCGGAUGGAUUAACUUUGGCUAAAUGAUGUCCAAAUAUUGUAAUGGUUGGACAUGCCUCAGCUGAUAUGUUUCUAAUCCAGACUGUAUGUCAGCACCAAAGCUAUCAAUUCAGCAUCAUGGAUCUCAGUAUCGUAGGAUGCUAACUGUUACAUUGAGUUCAAGAAAUUAUCAAUGGCUUCUGUUCUGGGAGGGGACGAUGUAACUUGGACCAGUGUUCAUCCGUGCUAAUUACCACUCAUUGCAGGACAGAGGAGGCCAACAAAAGGCAUAAUUGCAUUUUUGUGUAUAUAACCCUUAUUAUUCUUUGUAUAUAUUUAUUUGGAGCAAAUAGGAUAAGAUAGAAUGUUAUAGCGAGACGACAUCAUUAAUUCAUUUUUUUGGGGCUAAGAUGGAAAGGAGUGACAGAUCUUUGAACCCUCGGAAUUUUGUAAGUAACUUGUAAAGCAAAAUUAUUACGUGAUACCAGUAGAAUGGCAUAUGUAACAAUAUUUAUAUUGUGAGAUUCCAACUUGUCACGAUAAGUGGCAACCAAUUUUUCCCCUA